GCGGUGCGGCGCGGCGGGGGGGGGCAUGGCGGCCUAGCGCGGCGGCCAUGGCGCUGCUGCGGCUGCGGGCGGCGCUGCUGGGCCCGGCCCGGCUGCGGGGCGGCGGGAUCCCGUGGAGCGUCCUCAGGACCUACUCCUCCGUCAGCGCCAAGGAGAAGGCGAGGAGAAAUGCGGUCUGCGAGAGGACAGAGCUGCUGGAAGUGCUGAAAGCUCGCGUGAAGCAGCUCCAAGCCUCCAGCGUCCCCGAGGUGACGGUCACCAAAGCGGAGCUGGCGCCGCUGGGGAUCGACAGGCGGCAGGAGCCGCUGCGGCAGGCGGUGGCCGCGCGUGCGGCCAAGGAGCCCCCAGCCCCCAGGCAGAGCGCCGCGGGCCCGGCCCAGCCCAGCGGCUGGGUCGAGAAGCUGAGGAGGGAGAUGUACGUGCGGCAGGCCAAGGUGGAGAGGAAGCUGUCCAUCGCGGCCUCCAAGAUGACUCUGGUGGGCCAGGCCAACGCCAAAGUAAAGGUCAAGGCCAUUCCGAAGACAAAGGCCAAAGCCAAGCCCAAAGCCAAGAAGAGCCCCAAGGAAACCAAAGCGACCGCUUGGAGCCAGAGCCACGCCGGCCCCAGCAGCGCCUACGCCUGCAGCAAGCCCAGGGCGGUGGAAACGAAGCAGGGCGUGAAGGCAGAGAAGCCUCCGAAUGUGCCUGAGAAGAGGGAAAGCAACCACCAGAAGAUCGUGCAGCAGACCAUCCAGUCUAACCUGGAGUGCCUCCUGUGCUUGCAGCAGCCGGAGGAGGCUGAGAGGCUGCUUCUCUCGUAUCACAGCUCCCCCGUGAAGAGAAAGCUUCUGAACGUCGGCGCCUACAACGUCGUGAUGCGUAGCUGGGCAAGAAAGGGCUGCCUGCACCGCCUCAGCCGGCUCCUCUCCAUGCUGGAGUCCGCCGGCCUCCGGCCCAGCCUGGACUCGUACGCGGCAGCGCUGGAGUGCAUGGGCCGGAGCCAGGCGUGCACCAAGAUCAUCUGGAGAUGCGUGCAGCAGCUGAAGCACGACGGCUUCCACGUGGAUGAGCUCUUCCAAAAGUGCCUGUUUGAGGGAGACGAGAAGGAGACGGUGCUGAGGGCCGUCAGGAUCGUGCAGCCUGACUACCAGCUGCCCCCUGCACCCAAGCCCCAGACCUGCAAGUCUGCUCUGCUCAGCAACUUCUACUCCAAGGAGAAGGCGGUGUCCUACCCCAAGCUGGAUUUCUCCGUGCAGGAGCUGCGGGAGCGCUUCCAGCAGCAGCUGGAGAUGGAGCUGAACAGCACCAUAACCAUCGAGUCAGUGGAGUCGACCAAACCGCUGACCCCGCAAGCCCUUAGAGCGCGCAAGCAGCUGGCCGCCCUGCGCUCCCAGUGGCGCGGUGCCAUCCUCCAGGCCCUGCAGAAGUCGAAGCACAACAUGUCCCAGAAGAGGACGAUGUCGGGGUACAACAGCCUCUACCCCUACCUGUGCCUGCUGCCAGAUGAAGAGUACGUGGACAUCAUGAUGCAGAUCCUCAACACGCUCUCUCCGCAAGGAGAAUCCCUGUCUGUCCUAGCCAGGGAGCUGGGCUCCAAAGUCUACGACAGAUACCUCACCCAGAGGAAGCUGCGCAGCCGCCAGCUCGAGAAGGUGCAGCAGAUCUACGAGGACUACAUCCACCUGCUGGCGAAGGACGGCCAGCCCGCGGAGUACUUGCCACGGGAAUACUGGGAGAAGCUGGUGGCAGAAGCCGGCUACGGGCCUUCGCUCACCCUCAAGGACUGCAGCUGGCCGUACGUGCUCCUGAUGCGCCUGGGCGUGUGCCUGCUGGAGAUCCUGGUGCACUCCGUCAAGGUGCCCAGGAACACCCUCAAACCCCGCUUGGAGUCCAGGCUUAUCCCCGUCCUCUACCACAUCUACUCCUUCCGCAGCAGCUGGCAGGUCGGGCUGAUAAAGCCCCACCCCAUCUUCUCCCAGCUCGUGUCAGACGCCGCAGAGACCACGCUGACCUUCAACUCCUCCGUCAUACCCAUGCUGUGCCCCCCGAUACCCUGGACUUCCCCCCACUUCGGUGCCUUUGUGCUGAGCGACACCAAGCUGAUGCGCUACGUGGACGGGGCCUUCCAGCACCAGCAGCUCCUGGACCAGUGUCCCCAGGUGAACCUCCACCCUGUGCUGGACGCCUUGAACCAGCUGGGCAACUGCGCGUGGAAGAUCAACCAGCCGGUGCUGGAUAUAAUCAUCUCCAUCUUCAACAACAAAGGCAACGAGAAGCUGGACAUCCCGCCGCCCCUCUCCGAGGCCCCCAAGCCUCCCGUCACCCCCAGCAAUUCCUCUGCCUGGCACAAGUCCCAGAAGCACGAGCUGCUGCUGUGCAAGAAGAAGGCAGCUGAGAUGCACAGCCUGCGCAUGGACGCGCUCUACAAGCUCUCCAUCGCCAACUACGUGAGGGACAAGGUGUUCUGGUUUCCUCACAACAUGGACUUCCGCGGCAGGACUUACCCUUGCCCGCCGUACUUCAACCACCUGGGUAACGAUGUCACCCGCGCCAUCCUGCUCUUUGCAGAGGGCAGGCCCCUGGGGCCGAAGGGCCUCGACUGGCUGAAGAUCCACCUCAUUAACCUCACGGGGCUGAAGAAGAAAAACAGCUUGCAGGAGCGGCUGCGUUACGCCAACGAAAUCCUGGAGGAGAUCCUGGACUCCGCCGACCGCCCGCUGACGGGCAGGAAGUGGUGGAUGAACACCGACGAACCCUGGCAAGUCCUGGCGUGCUGUAUGGAAAUCGCCAAAGCCUCGAGGUCCCCGGACCCAGCAGCCUUCGUCUCUCAUUUCCCCGUUCACCAGGACGGCUCUUGCAACGGCCUGCAGCACUACGCGGCUCUGGGCCGGGACCUUAUCGGUGCCAUCUCUGUGAACCUGAUGCCCUGCAGCGUCCCCCAGGACGUGUACAGCGCGGUGGCCCAGCAGGUGGAGGAGUUUCGGAAGAAGGAUGCUGCGGAGGGGCUGAAGAUCGCCCAGGUGCUGGAGGGCUUCAUCGGCCGCAAGGUGGUGAAGCAGACGGUGAUGACGGUGGUGUACGGCGUCACGCGCUACGGCGGGCGGCUGCAGAUAGAGAAGCGUCUCAAGGAGAUCGACGAGUUCCCUGAGGAGUACCUGUGGGAAGCGUCUCACUACCUCGUGAGGCAGGUGUUUAACGGCAUCAAGGAGAUGUUCUCAGCGACUCGAGAUAUCCAGCACUGGCUGACGGAGAGCGCCAAGCUCAUUGCCCAGUCGGGACAGACGGUGGAGUGGGUCACCCCCAUGGGCCUCCCCAUCGUGCAGCCCUACUAUCGGGUCAGGUCCACUGUGUUGAAUUCCAACAUGCAGAACCUGAGCGUGAAAAGCUGCGCCAACACCAACCAGAAGCCUGACACAGUGAAGCAGAAAAACGCCUUCCCGCCCAACUUCAUCCACUCCCUGGACUCGACGCACAUGAUGCUCACGGCUCUGCACUGCUUCAGGCAGGGUCUGACCUUCGUCUCAGUCCACGACUGCUACUGGACUCACGCGCUCACUGUGGACGUCAUGAACCAGAUCUGUCGGCAGCAGUUCGUGGCUCUGCACAGCCAGAAGAUCCUGCAGGAUCUGUCCGAGUUCAUGCUGAAGAAGUACUGCAGCCCCAGCAAAGAGAGCAGAGCCCCUUGGCAGAAGAAGCUGAUGGAGCAGCUGUCGAAUGUCCCCGAGACAGGAGAAUUCAACCUGACGAAGGUGAUGGAUUCCACCUAUUUCUUCAGCUGAGCCCCGGCAGCCAGCGGGCCCUGGACCACCUCUGGACUUUGGCUGCCUCGGAGGCUGUGGUAGGCGCUGGCAGGGCUCUUCUGUCCUGCGGCUCGUGGGGAAAGGGGACAGCCGCCAGCCCACCAAGACACCCGCACCACGUGGAGGUGCUGGGGCAAGCUGGGACUCCUGGAGGAGUGCAGGGGGCUGGUGGGGAUGGGGUGGCUGCGCUAUUUGCUGUUACUGCCUGGCGAGGGGAGAGGAGCUGGAGAGGGCUGCGUGGUCUCGUGUGGGGUCAAGGGGUUAGACGGGGUUGGUGUGUCCCUGCCGCUGCUGCCAGCUCCAGAGCUGGCCUGGCUGUCGCUCGUGCUGAAGGUGCUGUCCCUCGGGUCCGUCUUCUCUUCAGCUAGAGGGCUGGGCCCCUGCCCGCAGGGGCAGGAGGGUGACCGUGGCCCUCACAGGAGCCUCCCCCUGUGGGGUGGGUGCUGCUCUCCGUGCCCAGGUCCAGCCACCGGCCACCGCCCCAGCUCUUGCUGUAGCACAGCCUCUGCAGCUCCCCCCUCUUUUCCAGGGAUGUGUUUAAAUUCUGCUCGCUGGGUCUCAGGUAGGGGAAGAAAACCACUAACACGGGCGGAAGUGUAUGAUACUGUAAAUAAAAUGGUUUUUGAAAUA